AACGGGCCAGGUCCAAGAUCCCACAAAAACAUUUCCAGCCCAAAUCCAAGGAGUAUUGUCGCCGUCGUCAUUUGACAAGAAGCUGGAGAUAAUGUUCACCUGGAUGAAGAAUUCAUAAAGAAACAGCAUCAGAAAUCGAAAGGGACAAUAGAAUUUCAGAAAAAGGGUGUUUGUAUUUGGAUUUGGAUAGUGAUUUUUGAUUUUUAAAUCGUACCGUUUCAUCUUCUUUUCCCGAUCCACUGCUCCACUGGAUUCCCACGAACGGAUGCCACGGGACCUACUUUAAAAGCUUCAUGUCGCUGCCCGUUUUAAUUCCAAUCACCCCAUCCGAUUUGGACGAUCACACCCUUCUCUGCUCCAAUAAUGGUGUAGAGGAAGGGGAGUCGUUGAUCUCACGUGUAGAUGAAGACUUGUCUAGCUUCAGGCUGAAUGGUGUCAAAUGCUUUGGUGUAGAUUUAACCCCUGAUAAUGUUGCUGUUGCUAUGGUAUAUUUUGUUCAAGGAGUUUUAGACCUCGCAAAGCUUGCUGUCAGUUUUUAUUUAAAAGAUGAUUUACAUUUAGAUCCUGCUGAGGCAGCUGUGAUUUCUGGUUUUGCUGCAUUGCCGUGGCUGAUCAAACCUCUCUAUGGGUUUAUUAGUGACUCUGUUCCUCUUUUUGGUUACCGAAGAAGGUCAUACUUGAUUUUAUCAGGGCUUCUUGGUGCAUUCUCAUGGAGCUUUAUGGCCACCCUUGUUAAUAGCAAGUAUGGUGCUGCUAUGUGUAUACUUCUCGGGUCUCUUUCUGUGGCGUUUUCUGAUGUUGUGGUAGACUCAAUGGUUGUAGAGAGGGCUCGUGGUGAAUCAUUAAGCAUGUCUGGAUCUCUCCAGUCACUAUGUUGGGGAUCUUCUGCUUUUGGUGGAAUUGUUAGUUCCUACUUUAGUGGUUCCCUGGUGGGUUCUUAUGGUGUAAGGUUUGUAUUUGGAGUUACAGCCUUAUUACCUUUGAUGACAUCAGCAGUUGCUGUUCUUGUUGAAGAAAAGCGUGUUUGUGUCCCAUUAAAUGGGCCUAAUCUUCCUUCAAGUGGCUUGGGUUUUCUUGAAACCUCAAAACAGCACAUACUUAACUUGUGGACUGCUGUUAGACAGCCAAAUGUUUAUCUUCCCACACUAUUCAUUUUUCUGUGGCAGGCAACACCACAGUCAGACUCGGCAAUGUUCUUCUUUACUACAAAUAAACUGGGAUUCACCCCAGAGUUUCUUGGACGAGUUAAGCUGGUUUCUUCAAUUGCAUCUUUGGUUGGUGUAGCGCUUUACAAUGGGUUUCUUAAAAAUGUUGCAUUGAGGAAAUUUUUUCUAGUCAUGUCAAUUGUUGGUUCAGCUCUUGGGAUGACACAGGUUUUUCUUAUUACUGGCUUAAAUCGAAAGUUCGGCAUAAGCGAUGAGUGGUUUGCCAUUGGGGACUCUUUAAUCAUCACAGUUCUCGGUCAGGCUUCUUUCAUGCCUGUUCUCGUGCUAGCAGCAAGAAUAUGUCCAGAGGGAAUGGAAGCCACACUUUUUGCAACUCUCAUGUCUAUAUUUAAUGGAGGGGGCCUUGUUGGAGGUCUGGUAGGUGCUGCUAUGACUCAUCUCUUUGGCAUCAGUAAAGAUAGAUUUGACAAUUUAACCACUCUAGUAAUCCUAUGCAAUCUGAGCUCCUUGUUACCUUUGCCCCUCCUUGGCCUUCUUCCAGAGGAAAGUCCCGAUCUUAGCUCAAAAGAAAGCUCAGAUGUAGAAAUGAAAUCAAUUUAAGUCUCAACUCAAUCUUGCUCCUUCUUCCCUACCAUAACAAAACAACUUGUAUUACAAUUUUACAUCUUUUGAAAAAUUUCUUGUGUCGCCAUUAGAUUGUGACACUGCUUAAAGCUAUAUCCGGCGCAUGUAGAGCUUUCCAAUUUGGAUUUUGACAUGGCUUGGUGCAUCAGCAAAAGGACCCCCCCCAAAAAAAAAACAUCUCAUGUGGUUGGUAGAUUGUGCUGUCCACAUGGUGGGCCUGCUGUUUGCCACAUACUCUGAUUCCUAUCCCAAACUUCAAGAACCAGAAAUCUUCCUUUAAAGUCGUCAAACUAGAAACGUGCCAAGUUGUUAGGCAGCCACCAUUCAAUGGUACUUCUGGAUUUUAUUGCAUGUUCAUAUCCUGCUCUGCUUUAUAUGUUUUUCUUAAACUGCUCUGUAAACAGCCUUAUUCUGUCUUUUUAGAACAAAAAUUCAGAAGACCGAUGUAUUCUAUGUUUGAUAAGUGUGCAGUAGCUUAUUUCUUCA